GGCCCUUCGAGCAGGCGGCCGCCUGGGUCGGGGGCGACGGGGAGGUCCCUCGCGCGGCGCCCUGGUGGCAGUGCGCCGAGGCGCUCGCCGACGUCACCGAGGAGGAGGAGGCCGUGCUGCGCUACAUCGAGAGGAGCGUCGCGGAGUUCGACGACGGCGUGGCGCCCGCAGACACGCCCGACCUAACCGCAGACGGCUCGGGGCCCUGGUCCAUGCGGGGCCUCGGCGCGGCGGCGGCCAUGGGCGUGGAGCAGCUCUCGUUCACUUCCUCCCGCUACCACCUAGCCUUCUGCGGCUACGCGGCCGCCAGCGUGCUCAUGCGGUGCCCCGCCUACACGGUGCGCCUGCGCAGGAUUUUGCGCCAGGUGAUAGAGGCCAUGCUGGCGCACCGGACCUGGGGAUACAUGGGAGCCUACUGGCCGGGCCCGGGCACGCAGUCCAGGCCCUUCGGCUGCGAGGAGAACGUGAUGUGGACGGGCCACCUGCUGCAGUUGGUAACCAUGUACGAGGCGCUCACCGGCGACCCGUCGUACCGCCGACCCGGAGGCAUUGUUGCGCGGGAUGCCGCUGGCGCGCCAGCGGAUGCUACCGACACGGUAGCUCUGGCGGAGCUGUGCGCGCGCGCCAUGCGGCAGAACGUGGUCGGCGGCAUGUGUUGCGAGCCUGGGCUGGUCUUCUUCCAGUGCCAGAACCACUGCCAUUUGGGCUUCCGUCUUCUCGAGGGGAUCGUGCGCGCUCGGGGCUCCGCGGAUGGGUGCCUGGGAACCCCAGACAUCACAUACUCCGCGGAGACGGAGAGAUGGGAGAGAUUCGCGCUGCAGAACCUCGCCGCCCCCAUGAGGACCGGCGCCUUCAAGGUGGCCAUGGUCGCGGACAAGAGCUCCGCUGGCGUCCAGAUACCCUUCGGCCACCCGGGCAGCGACGGCUGGUGCCUCGCCUGGUACUUCCCUUGGGCCCGCAGCGCGGGCACGCCCAGUGCGAUUUGGUGGAGCGUCGUGCAGCCGCAGCUUGCCAGCUACGGCUACUCCUUCUCGGCCGGCCCAGCCCCUGCCCGAGGCUGCGCGCCCAGCGCAGGCAGCCGCUGCGGCUGCAGCGCUGGGAAGGGUGCCGCCGCGAGGGGCGGCCGCCGCGAGAGUCCCGGGGCGAACGACUGCUGCCUGACGCUGGACAUCCCGCCAGGGGCCUGGAUGGCGCAGCUGCUGCCCGCGGCCGCGCAGGCCGGCGACCUCGACAGCUUCGCGCGCCUGCGCGCCUCGCUGCUGCGCGCGCACGGCGACGAGCGGCGAACGGCCCACGGGGAGCGCGAGCUGCGCCUGCGCGUGGGCCCCGAGUGGUCCACGGGCUCCACGGCCAACUUCCUCCUGGGCCUCGCCUCGGCCGCGGCCCCAGGGCUCCUCCGCCGGCUCGCGCUCGAGGGCCCGGCGCCAGAGCCGUGGUGCACGCCGGAGCUGAGAGCGGUGGCCCCGGCGGCGGUGGGCGUCUUCCGCGCCCGCGUGGAGCCGAACGCCGGCGGCGUUGACGUCGUGCUCGGCCUCCUCGUGCCCGCGGGCGUGGGCACCGUCGAGCUGCGGCUCGCGCGCGCGGGGGAGGUCGUGGGUGUCGCGGUGGCCCGUGCCGAAGGUCUCGAGGUGCGGUCCACCUCCGCGGAGGGCCUGCCGGCCGGGGAGGCCACCGUGGUGAUGAGCCUUGCGGCCUCCGCGGCCGGCGGGCACGGCCGCUUGGAGCUGAGGGUGGCCGUGCGCACCGCCAGUGGUGCGGGGGCGCGCGGCCUGGGCGCCACGCUGCAGGAAGC